GUCGCCGCCCCAGCCGCCCGCGCCGCCCCCGCCCCAGAUUUCCGGGGGAGCUGGCGGGCGGGGUACCCACGGGGCCGGCUGCCGUCAGCGCCCCUUCCCGGCGUCCGCGACCCCUCCCCGCUGACCUCACCCGCGCCUCCGCCCCGCGCAGAUAUAAGCAGCGGCCCCUCCGAGAAGCGGGCAGCGGGGUCCGGGUCCUGCCAGCGCUCCCCGCCUCCUGAUCCGCCGGCUCUAGGCCCCAAAACUCCGAACUCGGAGCCCCAGGAUCUCGGACCGGUCCCGCGGAGCUCGCGCCCGGCAGGCCCCGCAAUGCCUGGCCCUUGGUUGCUGCUCGCCUUGGCGUUGACCUUGACCGUGGCUGGUAUUCCCGGAGGCCGCACCCAGCCAGAGGUGGCCCAGCAUGAGGCCGGUGAGCACGCAGGCCUGGACGACCUCUUGCGCCAGGCAGAGCGCCUCCUCCUCCUCCAGGAAGACCUCCUGCGUCUGCGAGGGAAUCAGGACGAUGGAGAAUCAGAGUCCCAGAUCAUUCAACCCGACUGGCUCUCCAAGCGUCAGCAUCCUGGCAAAAGGGAGGAGGAGGAGGCAGAAGACAGAGUUGAAGAGGAAGAAGAAGGAGGGGCCAUGGGCCCCCACAAGCGGCAGCACCCUGGCCGGCGGGAGGAUGUGGCUGCAUGGUCAGAGGUAACCCAGCAGAAGCGGCAGCACCCUGGCCGGCGCUCCUCCUGGCUUGGGUACACUUUCACCAAGAGGCAACACCCAGGCAGACGGCUGGUGGAUCCCAAGGCCCAAAGGAGCUGGGAAGAAGAGGAAGAGGAGGUGGAGGAGGGAGAGCUGAUGCCUGAGAAACGCCAACAUCCAGGCAAGAGGGCUCUGGGAGGCCCAUGUGAGCCUCAGGGAGCCUGUGGUCAAGCCAGCCUCCUGCUGGGGCUCCUGGAUGACCUGAGCAGGGGUCAGGGGGCUCAGGAGAAGCGGCAGCAUCCUGGGCGGCGGGCGGCCUGGGCCAGGGAGCCCCUGGAGGAGUGAACCCAGCUUCCUAUCAAGUUUGGGGUCUAAGAAUGUCUUAAGCCCUGUGGGUCCUAUUCCCUUUGUGACCCCUGCUUUCCCUCCUCCUUAGAUCCCUGACCAUAAACCCAAGCCCCCUGUAUGUACAACACCCAGUUCCCUGGCCUUGUUCCCCCUCCCCCUUCAGGGACAUGAGAACGGGAGCCUGAGUUAAAACCCUGGAUUACCCCGCUUUGCCCUGUUGGCAGGGGACAGAUCCCAGAGUCCCUCUCCCCGUACCCCCCACAGGCUGCUCCCCUUCCUUAGCCCUGGCUAAAAAUGGCCCUUCUGUGUCUUUUAAGGGAUCCCCAGAGAGGAGCAGGGUGACUGGGUCCAGCAGCCAGUGAGGUCAGGGUGGGAUUGAAGAUGUGAUGUCCAAAUCCAGUUUCUAUCCCCUGCUCCAUGAGUCAAGAUUUGCCACAUGUCAACUUUAUUUACCUCCAGAACUGGGGGUCUCCUCUGCUUCUUGGGCCUCCUUUUUGUGGGUGUUCAGAGCCCUGACCCAUGGCUAUGUUCUGCUUAGGGUGAUGAUGGCAGGUGGAGGCAUCCUGUGCUGUGCUGUGCUGUGUGGCGGUUGUGGGAAUAAAGAUGUGCGGGCGUAUGUAAACAGCCCUGAAUGCUGAACUUGUAUAUAACCCUCUAGGCACCUUCCCCUUGUCCAUGAUCAUCAUCUGAAUGAUAAUAAAACAUGCAUCCAGAUAA